AUGAAUAUAAAUUCUUUUGAAAUAUUUUUAGAGGAGUUCAAAUUUAAUAUCAAGAAGCAUAAUUGUUCACUUACACGACAUUAAUUAGAAAAAUUAGCCAAGAAAAAGUGGAUGUCUUUGAAAGACUCUGAUAAACAUAGAUUUUUGUAGAUAACAAAUGUUGGAUAAGUUAAUCAAUAGAUUAAUGAAUUCUAAAUAAAUGAUUAUAAUUUCAAAAAUGAAUUUUCUGAAUAAGCUUUAUUGUUAAAAUAUAUUCUAUAAUCAAUAAAUAGAGAGUUUAUAAUAAAUAUAGUUUAGGUACAAGAUUGGAAUUCGAAUAUUUAAGCAGUGAGUUUAUUUGCUAUUAGAUAGACAGGAACCUCAAUCUUAAUUUGGCAUACAUUAAAAGAUGGAUAGAUAAAAGAAACAAAAAAAGAUUGUUUAUUAAAAACCAUUGAAAAAUUUCUUAAUAAUUAAUAUCCAUUUGAAUGA